AUGUGCUUCAUUUGUUAUUUUUUUCCUCACGGAUCACUGGACAUUGUUUUUUCUUCUAUACUUUUUCUCUAUACUUUCUUCUAUACUUUUUCUAUACGUUUCUAUUAUACUUUUCUUCUAUACUUUUCUUCUAUACUUUUUCUAUACUUUUCCUAUACUUUUUCUAUACUUUUCUUCUAUAAUUUUCUAUUCUUUUUUCUAUACUUUUUCUAUACUUUUCUUCUAUACUUUUUAUAUAGUUUUCUUCUAUACUUUUCUUCUAUACUUUUCAUCUAUACUUUUUGCUAUACAUUUUUCUAUACUUUUCUUCUAUACUUUUCUUCUAUACUUUUUCUAUACUUUUCUUCUAUACUUUUUUAUAUAAUUUCUUCUAUACUUUUCUUCUAUACUUUUUGCUAUACUUUUCUUCUAUACUUUUCUUCUAUACUUUUUUAUAUAGAUUUCUUCUAUAUUUUUCUUCUAUACUUUUUCUAUACUUUUCUUCUAUACUUUUUCUAUACUUUUCUUCUAUAUUUUUUAUAUAGUUUUCUUCUAUACUUUUCUCUAUACUUUUUUCUAUACUUUUUUCAAUACUUUUCUUCUAUACUUUUUUAUAUAGUUUUCUUCUAUACUUUUUUCUAUACUUUUCUUCUAUACAUUUUUUCUAUACAUUUCUUCUAUACUUUUUUAUAUAGUUUUCUUCUAUACUUUUCUUCUAUACUUUCUUCUAUACUUUUUUCUAUACGUUUCUAUUAUACUUUUCUUCUAUACUUUUCUUCUAUACUUUUUCUAUACUUUUCUUCUAUACUUUUCUUCUAUACAUUUUUUAUACUUUUCUUCUAUACUUUUUCUAUACUUUUCUUCUAUACUUUUUAUAUAUUUUCUUCUAUACUUUUCUUCUAUACAUUUUUUUAUACUUUUCUUCUAUACUUUUUCUAUACUUUUUUCUAUACUUUUUCUAUACUUUUCUUCUAUACUUUUCUUCUAUACAUUUUUUAUACUUUUCUUCUAUACUUUUUCUAUACUUUUCUUCUAUACUUUUUAUAUAGUUUUCUUCUAUACUUUUCUUCUAUACUUUUCCUAUACUUUUCUUCUAUACUUUUCUAUACUUUUUUCUAUACUUUUUCUAUACUUUUCUUCUAUACUUUUUGUUAUACUUUUUUCUAUACUUUUCUUCUAUACUUUUCUUCUAUACUUUUCUUCUAUACUUUUUUAUAUAGUUUUCUUCUAUAUUUUUCUCUAUACUUUCUUCUAUACUUUUUUCUAUACUUUUCUUCUAUACUUUUUCUAUACAUUUCUUCUAUACUUCUUUAUAUAUUUUUCUUCUAUACUUUUCUCUAUACUUUCUUCUAUACUUUUUUCUAUACUUUUCUUCUAUACUUUUUUCUAUAUAUUUCUUCUAUACUUUUUAUAUAUCUUCUCUUUACAGCAACUAAACCAUUGAGCUUGGACUUCUGGGAUUUUGAACCAAAAACAACACAUGCAAUUGGACUAAUCUAUCUAUUUCAGUCUUUUUAUAUCUAUUUCUUUCUUUCUAUCUAUCUAUCUAUCUAUCUUAUUUCAGUCUGUUCAUAUCUAUCUAUCUAUAUCUAUCUACCUCAGUUGCUUAAUAUCUAUCAGUCUAUCUAUCUCAGUCUAUUCAUAUCUAUCUAUCUAUCUAUCUAUCUAUAUAUCUUAAAUCAAAUCAAUUAUCUACCCAUCUGUUCAUAUCUAUCUAUCUAUAUCUAUCUAUCUAUCUAUCUAUCUAUCUAUCUAUCUUAG